ACACCUUUUCACAUUGCGGCUAUGAAUGGCAAUUACGAAUUUGCCGAGUUUCUCACAAAUAGAGGAGCUAAAAUCAACUCAAAAGACAAUGAAGGAAAAACAUGCCUGCACUAUGCAGCUUUGAGUAAUAAUCUUCCUUUAAUUGGGCUCAUGAUCCAGCAGGGAGCAGAUAUUGAAGUUCGCGAUAACAAAGAACAUACACCAUUACUUUCAGCUGUUUAUAAAGGGUGUUCAUCUGCUGUCAAGAAAUUGCUUGAAUUAGGGGCUGAUAUUACGGCUACAGACUCUAAUGAAGGAAAUACCUUGUUGCAUUUAGCAGCUAAAGGCAAUCAUCGCGAUACAAUUAAGCAUAUUCUGGAAGACAUCAAAACAAAAGAUAUCAACGUUAGAAACACGUUCGGUCAAAAGCCUAUUCAUAUUGCCGCUAAAUAUGGCCAUAAUCGUGUCGUUCACAAUAUGAUUAGAAACGGUGCUGAUAUUAACAGCAAGUAA